CCUGCUCUCUCUGCAAUGCAAAGCCCAGUGGAAGCAAAAUUCCCAAAAUCACUUAUCGCAGCUUCAGCUUCCCAAUUUAUUCAUUACUGAAAAUGGCAAUUCGGACCACUAUCAGUUCUCUGGUCAGCCCUGCUCUUCUCUUCCUGAUCCUCCUGUCCGCAUCCGCCGACUAUUCAAACUCGUCGGCGACGGCAGCAGAAGCAGCCGACGGUGGUAUCGGACCAUGCUUCACGUCACUGUUCAGCUUCGGCGACUCCGUAAGCGACACCGGCAACCAGAUGCUGCUGGGUAAGUGCCCUCACUGUUGCUCCCUACCAAACGGCGAAACUUACUUCGGUCGCCCGACUGGUCGCUGCUGCAACGGGCGUCUCAUCGUCGACUUCAUCGCUGAGAAAUUGGGGCUUCCUCUGCUGACGCCGUUUCCGGGAGAGCUGAAGAGCAGCAACUUCCGGUUCGGGGCAAACUUGGCGGAGGGAGGCGCGACGGCCCUUGAUUUCCGGUUCCUUGCGGAGAGAGGGAUCUUCAAUACGCACACCAACGUGUCGUUGGGCGAUGAACUCAAAAGAUUCAGGAAUUUAUUGCCGACACUCUGUUUCUCACCAUCUGAAUGUAAGAUGUACCUCGGAAAAUCUCUAAUUAUAAUGGGAGAAAUCGGAGGGAUUGAUUACAACAGAGCAUACUUUGAAAAUGUUGCCGUUGAGCAAAUAACAGAGUUAGUACCAUACGUCGUUGCCGAAAUUGGCAACGCAAUCCAGGAGAUGGUCGAAUUAGGGGCAGUAACAAUCCUUGUUCCAGGGAACUUCCCGCUUGGAUGCCAUGCUGGUUACUUGGCCAAAUUCUGGAGCCCUAACAAAGAAGACUAUGAUCCCUUGACCGGUUGCCUUGUUCAAUUCAACAAUUUUGCCCAACACCACAACGAUCUUCUCCAAGAGGAAGUAGUUCGGUUGCAGAAAGUUUAUCCCCAUGCCAACAUCAUGUAUGCAGACUACUAUAACUCAGUCAUGCGCCUCCAUCUACACCCUGACGAAUUUGGUACGUAACAGUACCCUCUUUGAAAUCGUACAUUUGAUUAUUUUUUCUUUUCUUAUAAGCGAUAAGUCUCGAUUGGAUAAAUCGGAUAAUAAUUGGUCGAGAUUGAGGUGAGUAAUAAAUUCUUGAUCACAUGUUGUGAAUCGUCACGCGUGAAAUCAUUACGAAAAGUAGGAUUAUUACGAAUAGGGGAUAUUAAAUUAUGUUGUGUCGUGAUGGAAUUUUUUUAGGGUUCAGUGCUUCGUUGGUAGCGUGCUGUGGAGGGGGAGGGCCGUACAACUACAACGAGUCUCUGCUUUGUGGAGUCCCGGGCACCACAGCUUGCGCUGAUCCGUCGACGUUUAUCAAUUGGGACGAUCAUCAUCUCACGGAGGCAGCCUAUAGGAUUAUUGCCAACGAUGUGUUACAAGGGCCGUUCUCUAUUCCUCGCUUCAAUACAUCUCACUGUCCCGUGACUACCCGAGCGGCAAGUGGGGAGGGAUACUAUUUCGCUUAUUGAAUGGUUAUGGUUAACCUCUUGUAAUAAAAAAAUCAUGUUAGUAUUGACUGAAUCUGUGUUGGCACAAUUUUAGUCUAAGCGUGCUACUGUGCUAGGUAUUGGAAGAAAAAUAUCUAUUUGCACGACAUGAUUUAUGAAAUAAAAUUAAGAGCAAAUACCA